CUUGGAUCUCGAGCAACGUCCUGUAGUCGGGGCAACGCCCGCGACCGUUGCGAUGUUUGCUUACCUCUUCCCAAAAGAUAGUUUCAUCCGGGACACGACCUCUCUGACCCAUCCCCUCGUGCUGGGAGCCUUAUACACGGAUCCCAUCCAGAGCUAACCGUUCAGCUCUCGAGAGGGCAGGAUGACCCAGGAGGUGUGAUUGCCUAUAUCAGUUCCUCCAGCUCAGCCUCUAGCCCUGCCUCCUGUCACAGUGAGGGUUCUGAAAAUAGUUUCCAGUCCUCCUCCUCUUCUGCUCCGUCUUCUCCAAAUAGCUCUAAUUCUGAUAGUAAUGGUAAUCCCCAAAAUGGUGAUCUCUCCAAUAUUGAAGGCAUCCUGAAGAAUGAUCGAGUAGAUUGUUCUGUGAAAACAAACAAAUCGAGUGUUCCUGGAAUGAUGAAGAGUCAUAGUGGAGUGACAAAAUUUAGUGGCAUGGUUCUGCUGUGUAAAGUCUGUGGGGAUGUGGCAUCAGGAUUCCACUAUGGAGUUCAUGCUUGUGAAGGCUGUAAGGGUUUCUUUCGGAGAAGCAUUCAGCAAAACAUCCAGUAUAAGAAGUGCCUGAAGAAUGAAAAUUGUUCUAUAAUGAGAAUGAACAGGAACAGAUGUCAGCAGUGUCGCUUCAAAAAGUGUCUGUCUGUUGGAAUGUCGAGAGAUGCUGUUCGGUUUGGUCGUAUUCCUAAGCGUGAGAAACAGAGGAUGCUAAUUGAAAUGCAGAGCGCAAUGAAGACCAUGAUGAACAGUCAGUUCAGUGGUCAUCUGCAGAAUGACGUGUUAGUAGAGCAUCAUGAACAGACAGCCUUACCAGCUCUGGAACAGUUACAGCCCAAGCCCCAGCUGGAACAAGAAAACAUCAAAAGCUCUUCUCCUCCCUCUUCUGAUUUUGCAAAGGAAGAAGUGAUUGGCAUGGUGACCAGAGCACACAAGGAUACCUUUCUGUAUAAUCAAGAGCGAGUAAACUCCGUAGAGACCAUUCAGCCCCAGAGAGAACGGAUUCCCAAGAACAUGGAGCAGUAUAAUUUAAAUCAUGACCAUUGCAGCAGUGGGCUUAGCAGUCAUUUUCCUUGUAGUGAGAGCCAGCAGCAUCUCAAUGGACAGUAUAAAAGGAGGAACACAAUGCAUUACCCCAAUGGGCAUGCCAUUUGUAUUGCAAAUGGACACUGUAUGAACUUCUCCAAUGCAUAUACUCAAAGAGUAUGUGAUAGAAUUUCGACAGAUGGAUUUUCUCAGAAUGAGAACAAGAAUAGUUACCUGUGCAACACUGGAGAGAGAAUGCAUCUGGUUUGUCCAAUGAGUAAGUCUCCAUAUGUGGAUCCUCAUAAGUCUGGGCAUGAAAUCUGGGAGGAAUUUUCAAUGAGUUUCACCCCAGCAGUGAAAGAAGUGGUGGAAUUUGCAAAGCGUAUUCCUGGAUUCAGAGAUCUGUCUCAGCAUGACCAGGUCAACCUUUUGAAGGCUGGGACUUUUGAGGUUUUAAUGGUACGGUUUGCAUCAUUAUUUGAUGGAAAGGAGCGUACUGUCACCUUUUUAAGUGGAAAGAAGUAUAGUGUGGAUGAUUUACACUCAAUGGGAGCAGGGUAUCUGCUAAACUCUAUGUUUGAAUUUAGUGAGAAGCUAAAUGCCCUCCAACUUAGUGAUGAAGAGAUGAGUUUGUUUACAGCAGUUGUCCUGGUAUCUGCAGAUCGAUCUGGAAUAGAAAACGUCAACUCUGUGGAGGCUCUGCAGGAAACCCUCAUCCGUGCAUUAAGGACCUUAAUUAUGAAAAACCAUCCAAACGAGGCCUCUAUUUUUACAAAACUUCUUCUAAAGUUGCCAGAUCUUCGAUCUUUAAACAACAUGCACUCUGAGGAGCUUUUGGCCUUUAAAGUUCACCCCUAAGGCCUUUGUUUAUUUAAGCAUGAACUGAUUCAUGCUAACUGUACAUUUUGUGCUAAAAUGCUUAUUUAUAUGUGUAUACCCUAUGUGGAGAUAGAAAAGACCUUUAAGACACAGAAGUGUAGGCUAUCUCUGUAAUCCUGUAGUAGGUGUUUGGAUUGAGGUUUCUUCAGCCAUGGUUAGACAUCUACUGCAUUUUCCUCAUAGACCAAUCAGCUGUGUCGCACUUAAACUGGAGAAGUUACACUGAAUUAAUAGUCAUCAAUGUUAGACUUUUUCAUCUGCCAAAACCAGAAACCAUUUCGAUCUCCCUUUGGUACAAAUAUGACAAGUAAUCACAAGUACAUGAGGACUUAAAAAUACAUUCUUUGUGGUUGAAGUUCUAUUGUGUGGUGAAACUUGAUUUCAUCACAAGACUAUUUGAUCUGAUAAUUUGGAGACUUUGGGAAUUAGGAUACCUCCGUGUCUGUAUUUUACCUGCCACUGGUAAGUGUGUGGUCUCAGGCAGGUUAGUUGGUUGUGGAAAGUGAGAAUUGAUAGUGUUCCCAAUGCCUCACCUUGCAGAGAUACUAAAAAUGACUAUAAAACAUAUUUACCUCUUGGGAGAUAGGCACUAUGUAAAUAAGGUAAAAUUUUUGUUACGACAAUUGUUCAUAAUAGUAGCCUUUUCUUAUUUUUAAGCAUUUCUGAGAAAACAUUUCACAGUUCACACUGACCUGUUAUUCAGGGUUCCUGCAUGUGUGUGGGGUAUCCUUCUGGCACACACAUACUCAAAGAUUAUGGGUACAUCAGAUACGUAGGAUGUGUAUAUAAUAUGUAUGUGAAUAUAGUUAUCCAUAAAUAGAUUUCUUCACAAUAUUUUAAACUGUGAGGAACUUUAUCAUACUAAACUUAAAAGGUGUCAGAAGACCCAAAUUAGGUGCAUUUUACUUGUUGAUAACAUAUCUAUUGCUUUAAAUGUUUAGAUAGUAGAAUAUUGAAUUUAUGCUCUAUUUUUGUUUAUUUAAGCAACACUUAAUGUAAAAGUACAACAGACAGUCAAGUCCAAAUUUCAAAAACAUGUAUUUUAGAGUUUGUCCUUGGUAAAAUCUUCAGGGUCCUAGUUGUUCAGGAGUUCAUUGAGAUUCUUACCUUGUACUAAAAUAAAAAGGUUGCAUUGCUGCCCCUUACGUACAUACUGCAGCUUGAUGGGAAAUAUUUUGAUUCUUCUGGAAAACCAAUUAAUGUUUAAGAAAACUGUUUAAUAUGUUGGGGGGUAUGUGGGUGUAUAGGUAUGUUCUUAGUCUACCUUUUUCUUCUCCUGAAUAACACUACAGGGAUUCUGUCAAAUUAGAUUUAAUCUGUAAUUUGAAAAAUGAUUUAGUGUGUGACCUAUCAGCUUAGAUAAGGUUCAAAGAGAUUUCAUCCACGUUUCAAAUACUGGGCUUCAUUAAAUAGAUAAGAUCAGCCUUUGCUUAUGGCAGUAGAGAAGUAGCCAAAGUUGAGGAUUUUAUGUAUGUUUUUCUGUUUCCCUGGAAAAUAGCAAUUAAUCGAAUCUUUUGGUAAAGAUUGCUUUCUGUAUAACUUUUGGUUUACAUAAAAUCACAAAAGUGAAAAGAUCCCACCUUACUGUACUCAGUCUGUUCUUUUAACCGUAUGUGAGCAGAAUGCCUUACUUGUGAUAUUGCUUAACUUGUUGCUCCUGGGACUUGAAUUUCUGUGGCACUCGUUAAGUAAAUUAAAAAAAGUUAAACCCUCUCAUUAUUAAAGAGGAAAGGUGAUGGUGAUGUCUUUAAAUGAUAUAAACCAUAAUUGUGAUUUACCUUAAAUAGGUAUGGCUUUUAUGGGAUAUACAGUAUAGUUUUUGUGAAUUCUUUACAUGAUAGCAUUAUCUUUUUAUAAUUUUUUUCCUAAGAUAAAUGCAUAGUUUUCUUCUAUGGGGGAUAGAAACAGCUUUUUGAAGUAAUACAGAAAACCUCAGAGAUCAUGUUGACUCUUAAUUUUUGCCUUUUGCAUAAGCCUCUUUAUAACAUGUAUCUUUAAAAGUUACUAAGUCUUUAGGAAUGUGUAACCAGAACUGUGUUAGUAUUGCUUAAUAAAACUUUAGUUAAGUUCAAUAUAUACAUGUGUACAUCUAUAUAUAGGUAUGUAGAUUUGCAUUUUGUCUUGUAAAAUUUUAUUUGAACAAAUUCCUCUAGGUAAUGAGAAACAAAAUUAAUAGUUCAUAUGCCACUCAGAGCAUUUCUAUAUUGGAAAAUAGCCCAGUAUUGAAACUUCUAAAAUUAAACCAGCAGCCAGUUUACAAGCACAUUCUUUGAUUGAGUCAUUGUUUAUAAACUUACUAAAUGCAGAGAAGACAACCAGUUUUGGAAACUUCUGAGUCAGUGGGACACUGUUGAUUAAUUAAUAAUGUACUGUAUGACUUAAGUGAUGCUUUAACUCUGAUUUUACAUUUUAAAGUUAAAAUAUGGGCAUUAUGUCAGCAAACUUAAGGGCAUUAUGUCAGUAAGCUAAAAUUUUUUUUUCUGUGCUUUUAAUGUAUCUCUACAUGAUCUGAGAGAGGAUUCAAGCUUUUAGAAAGAAAUAGCUGAGGGAAGGGGAAACAUCUUAGGAUGAAGCUUUUCUAUAUAUAGCGAUGGUUUAAUUACAGAUUAAAAUAUUAGAAGGAAAUUUCAGUAGAUUAAGUGUAUAGCUUUUGUAUCUACAUGUAAAGAAAUUACCAUUGUAACUUGAUAAGAAAUGAUUUAUGUAAACAUCAUUGCAAAGCAAGGUGUAGACGCUCAGCUAGGUUUAUUACUGUGCACGAGAGUAAGUACCUAUCUCAAUUAUUCUUUUUCUUUUCCAAUAUAAAGUUUGCUGAAUGUACAAGAAGAGUUUAUCACUUAGGAUAUAGAAUUUUUUAGGGAUUGGGGAAAGGGGCUUUGUCAGGAAAUAACCUGUAAACAAAGAUUGUCUUGAUUUGAUUCGAAACCUUGAAGUCAUUCUUGAACUAACAUGGAAAAUUAAAAUGGCUAUUGUUUAAAAAUAUAGAAAUAUAUUGUUGACAAGAUAUGUGUUGUUUAUUUUCUACAAACUUAUUGAUAAGGACAUGGACAAUAUCUUCAUGUUUCUGAAAAGUAAUUGUACAUGGGGGGAGGGGAUAAUAAAUAUUAUUUCUAACCAA